UCCGCGCGGCGCCGACGCGGGGAGCGCGCUUCGCGCUGACUCAGCGGCGACGGCGGCGGCGGCGGCGUUAGCCGGCCCUCGCGCUCUUUCCCUUCCUGGGGCUCCGACCCCGCCCGCUUGCUUGGUAUCUUGCCGGCCCGGCGCCACGCAAGAGAAGGCGCCAGGGGACGCGGAGCGGCGAGAGGCGCGCGGCCCCGGCCAGCUCCGUCUCCGGCGUUAGCGCUGCGUCCGUGGCGGAGGACGACGGCAACAAGGACGAGGGCCGCUCUCCCCGCUCCUGCUUGCGGCGCCCCUCUGCUCCGCUGACCAGACGUCGGGAGUGCAGGCGGGGAGGAGGGAUGGAGUGAUAGAGAAGAUGUUUGUGGAUUCUUCUGUGGAAUCAGAGGGCACAUCUGUUGUGAUCAGAAAACUCCAAGUGUAGCAGCAGGAAUGGAUGAACAGGCUCUUCUAGGGCUAAAUCCAAAUGCUGAUUCAGACUUCAGGCAAAGGGCCCUGGCCUAUUUUGAGCAGUUGAAGAUUUCCCCGGAUGCCUGGCAGGUGUGUGCAGAAGCUCUGGCCCAGAGGACAUACAGUGAUGAUCACAUUAAGUUUUUCUGCUUUCAAGUACUGGAACAUCAAGUUAAAUACAAAUAUUCAGAACUAACUACUGUUCAACAACAACUAAUUAGGGAGACGCUCAUAUCUUGGCUUCAAGCUCAGAUGCUGAAUCCCCAACCGGAGAAGACCUUUAUACGAAACAAAGCAGCCCAAGUCUUCGCCUUGCUUUUUGUUACCGAAUAUCUCACUAAAUGGCCCAAGUUCUUUUUUGACAUUCUCUCAGUAGUGGACCUAAAUCCAAGGGGAGUAGAUCUGUACCUCCGAAUCCUCAUGGCCAUUGAUUCAGAGUUGGUGGAUCGUGAUGUAGUGCACACAUCAGAGGAGGCUCGUAGGAAUACUCUCAUAAAAGAUACCAUGAGGGAACAGUGCAUUCCAAACUUGGUGGAAUCAUGGUACCAAAUCCUACAAAAUUAUCAGUAUACUAAUUCAGAAGUGACAUGUCAGUGCCUUGAAGUAGUUGGGGCUUAUGUCUCUUGGAUAGACUUAUCCCUUAUAGCCAAUGAUAGGUUUAUAAAUAUGCUGCUAGGUCAUAUGUCAAUAGAAGUUCUACGGGAAGAAGCAUGUGAUUGUUUAUUUGAAAUUGUAAAUAAAGGAAUGGAUCCUGUUGAUAAAAUGAAACUAGUAGAAUCUUUGUGUCAAGUAUUACAGUCUGCUGGAUUUUUCAGCAUUGACCAGGAGGAAGAUGUUGACUUCCUGGCCAGAUUUUCUAAACUGGUAAAUGGAAUGGGACAGUCAUUAAUAGUUAGCUGGACUAAAUUAAUUAAAAGUGGGGAUAUCAAGAAUGCUCAAGAGGCACUACAAGCUAUCGAAACGAAGGUGGCACUGAUGCUGCAGCUACUAAUUCACGAGGAUGACGAUAUCUCGUCUAACAUUAUUGGAUUUUGCUAUGAUUAUCUUCAUAUUUUGAAACAGCUUACAGUGCUCUCGGAUCAGCAAAAAGCUAAUGUAGAGGCAAUCAUGUUGGCCGUUAUGAAAAAAUUAACUUAUGAUGAAGAAUAUAACUUUGAAAAUGAGGGUGAAGAUGAAGCCAUGUUUGUGGAAUAUAGAAAACAACUGAAGUUGUUGUUGGACAGGCUUGCUCAAGUUUCACCAGAGUUACUGCUGGCUUCUGUGCGCAGAGUUUUUAGUUCUACACUGCAGAAUUGGCAGACUACACGGUUUAUGGAAGUUGAAGUAGCAAUAAGAUUGCUGUAUAUGUUGGCAGAAGCUCUUCCAGUAUCUCAUGGUGCUCACUUCUCAGGUGAUGUUUCAAAAGCUAGUGCUUUGCAGGAUAUGAUGCGAACCUUGGUAACGUCAGGAGUUAGUGCCUAUCAGCACACAUCUGUGACAUUGGAGUUCUUCGAAACCGUUGUUAGAUAUGAAAAGUUUUUCACAGUUGAACCUCAGCACAUUCCAGGCGUACUAAUGGCUUUCCUAGAUCACAGAGGUCUGCGGCACUCCAGUGCCAAAGUGCGGAGUAGAACCGCUUACCUGUUUUCCAGAUUUGUCAAAUCUCUCAAUAAACAAAUGAAUCCUUUCAUUGAGGAUAUUCUGAAUAGAAUACAAGAUUUAUUAGAGCUUUCUCCACCUGAGAAUGGUUACCAGUCUUUGUUGAGCAGUGAUGAUCAGUUAUUCAUUUAUGAGACAGCUGGAGUGCUGAUUGUUAAUAGUGAGUACCCAGCAGAACGGAAGCAAGCACUAAUGAGGAAUCUGUUGACUCCACUCAUGGAGAAGUUUAAAAUUCUGUUAGAAAAAUUGAUGAUGGCACAGGAUGAAGAAAGGCAGGCAUGUCUAGCAGACUGUCUCAACCACGCGGUUGGAUUUGCCAGUCGGACCAGCAAAGCUUUCAGCAACAAGCAGACUGUGAAACAAUGUGGCUGUUCCGAAGUUUAUCUGGACUGUUUACAGACGUUCUUGCCAGCCCUCAGUUGUCCCUUACAAAAGGAUAUUCUCAGAAGUGGAGUUCGCACUUUCCUUCAUCGCAUGAUUAUUUGCCUGGAGGAAGAAGUCCUUCCAUUCAUUCCAUCUGCCUCGGAACACAUGCUCAAAGAUUGUGAAGCAAAAGACCUUCAGGAAUUCAUUCCUCUCAUCAACCAGAUUACAGCCAAAUUUAAGAUACAGGUAUCGCCGUUUUUACAACAAAUGUUCAUGCCCCUUCUUCAUGCAAUUUUUGAAGUGUUGCUCCGACCAGCGGAAGAAAAUGACCAGUCUGCUGCUUUAGAGAAGCAAAUGUUGAGGAGGAGUUACUUUGCUUUCUUGCAAACAGUCACAGGCAGUGGAAUGAGUGAAGUCAUAGCAAAUCAAGGUGCAGAGAAUGUAGAAAGAGUGCUGGUUACUGUUAUUCAAGGAGCGGUUGAAUAUCCAGAUCCAAUUGCCCAAAAAACGUGUUUUAUUAUCCUCUCCAAGUUGGUAGAACUCUGGGGAGGUAAAGAUGGACCAGUGGGAUUUGCUGAUUUUGUUUAUAAGCACAUUGUCCCCGCAUGUUUCCUAGCACCUUUAAAACAAACCUUUGACCUGGCAGAUGCACAGACAGUAUUGGCUCUGUCCGAGUGUGCAGUGACGCUGAAAACAAUUCAUCUCAAACGGGGCCCAGAAUGUGUUCAGUAUCUGCAACAAGAAUACCUGCCUUCCUUGCAAGUAGCUCCAGAGAUAAUUCAGGAGUUUUGUCAGGCACUUCAGCAGCCUGAUGCUAAAGUUUUUAAAAACUACUUAAAGGUAUCUGUAACAGCAGAUCGAAGUACAUUGUAGCAGUCUUAUGCUCCAAACACAUUCACCUAAAAGCAUUUGAAGUCUUCCUCCCAAGCCCUACUUCUCUUCAGUGUUAGCAUUAUUCUUCUAGUUGGAAAAAACGAAGUCCCUUCUUUGUGCCAACUCUAUUCCUAUCUGAUUAUUUGAUCCAGCUGACUCUUCCUGUCUGUCUCUGCUGCCACUCUGGUGUAGGCUUAUGUUAUCUCACUCUGAUUUCCCUUCCUUUGUUCCAUCCAAGCUGAUCUCUGUCCUCUGAAAUUCAUUCCCCUUCCUCAUAAUCUUCAUAAACCUAUUGUUGACUAAAAAAAUGUUCAUGUCUCUUAGUUUGGCAUUUAGCUAUUUUUUUGUCAUAUUCUAAUCUCAGGCUACAUUUAUGGUUUCUCAUGCAGAAACAGUCUUUACUAUUCUUGCUGUUCUUCAGUAAUCCUGCCUUAUUAGCAACCUUCUCCUUUAUGAAUUCUACCCAUUCUUCUAGGCUUCUCUCAAACAUGGCCUCUUUGUAAGGCUUUCUUUUGCUCAUGUAGCGAUCAGUUUUUCUCUCUAUUUAGUAGAUUGUUAAUAAUUGUUAAAUGAAUGUCUGGUCUAUGAGGUGUUCGGGAUAUAAUGAUUACUACAAUCCUUAUUCUUAUUGAGCUUACUGCCUACUAUUUACUCUUUCUAGCGCGCACUUAGUAUCUACCCAACUGUGGAAGGUAUUGGGCUAGUGCCUAGCACAGCCUCUUGCCUACUUGUUCAUAGUCUUAAAUGUUGAACUGGAAGUAUUUUUUUUUAAAUAAUAAAUAAAUAGUAAAUUCCUCAAAGGAUAACAGCUGUUAUCUUUAGCUUUGACUUAUUUCUUCCUCAAAAUUUAAUUUCUUACCAUUAACUUUGAAAGUAGUGCCAGUCAGCAAAAAGGUGUCAAGAGCGUGAUUUCCUCUGACUGUUUGAAUCUCUCAGCAUUGGCGGUAAUAACCACAUUUUCACUAGUUUCUCAGCUUAGUAAUGGCAACUUAAGUUAUCUCUAGACCUUAUCAGAUUGUCCAGAUGAGCAAGUUCUUAACUUGUAUUAUGUGUGGAUUUAUGAAGUAUGUGAAAUACUUUAAAUAGUUCAUUGUAUUUUACAAGAGUGACUAGUAGUACCCAGUAACUUGGAGUUGUUCUUCAGGUAGAAGGUGACUUCUUCUGACAUCGGCACUAAGUGUACUUUAUUUACAGGUGUUCUUCCAGAGAGCAAAGCCCUAAGGACUGGACCUCCCUCCCUGUGCCUGCUUCAUCACCAGGAAUUCCAGUUAAUUUAUAAAGAAGCAGUUCUUGUGUGCCAUUCACACUGGUCUUUUUAACAUUGCUUUGAGCUUAUUGCAGUAUAUGUAUUGGGAUUUUUCAGUAAAAUGGGUGUAAUUUUCCCUGAAUUACAGGUAUGUGACAACUAGAGAAGUUGCUUGCAUGCCAGUUCAAAUCGUUCUAUCUAAAAGUGCUGUUAUAAUAUGCAGCAGACUUAUCCUAGUACCUUUUUUUUAACCUGAAACUUUUAAGUCCUUUAUAAAGACCAUAGCUGGAAAACAGUGUACUUUUUUUUUUAAUUGCUGAAUAUAAAAUGUUUUAAAUUUUUAAUUUUCUUCUAUGUGUGCAGACUCAUAAAGUACAGGGGGAAUACAAUAAAUCAAAACUAAUUUUUUGUAGAUAGCCUUUAAGUUUCUUUAAACUGUUUCAAUGCCAUUGUGUAUUCUACAGAAGAGAAUGGUUUCAUAAAUUAACUGAUUGAAGAGUAGGUGCUGGUGUUACACAUUUUUUAUAAAAAGAAAAAAAGGCAAAUAAAUUUUACGUAGUGAAAUCUA